AUGGCGCCACAUGAGCCACAUCGCUCCCCCGUGGGUGUCUAUACCAAGGUAUUGACUCGCAGUCCGGUCGUCCGCUGGAUGUUACACGGCCGCAUCCGCCAUCGACGACUAAACGAUGUCAUUUUCGUGGGAGACAACUUCAUCGAGGUCAAACAAGUCGUCACAGAAGGACGAUUGCAGGACAUUGCCUCCAAGCACGACUUCGACACUCAAAUCCGGGCUGCGGCAAUAUUCUCGAACGAGGAGGACGACUUCCUGGCAAAGGUGAAAACGGAACACCGUUCAACAUAUCUAAACGAUGGUAGUAUACCUCCGCAAUCGCUCGUGUUGACGCUUGAUUCCAACGAUAUGGUGUUUCUUUUCCUCCGAACAGACAGCGCCGGUGUCGUUCGGUUCGUCCACCAGAGCAUACCCAUCAUGGCAUUCGACCAGAUAAUAUUCCAGCCUGGCGAGCAUCUUGCGGUCGAUCACAAGUCUCGCGCCCUCGCUGUUGCGGCCAAUGAACGCGAGGUUGUGGUUUUCACUGCGAAACCUCAAGAUGAGAUCAAGAGAGAGCUUCAGCAGAAGGUGCCCAGUUCUGUACCCAUUGUAUCUCAACGACUUUUUCGACUCACGGGCGUCAUACAGCACAUGGACUUUCUCGUUCCGGCCGAGGACGACAAAGACCAUGUGAUUCUUCUGCUCAUUGUGAUUGAACAACGCCGAACGAAGGCUGUGUGGUAUGAUUGGUAUCACUCUCUCCAGCCCCAGGAUGUCCAGGUACAUCCUGGACAGCCUCUUGACACGGCCACGAGUGUCCCGAGCAUGCUUAUUCCCCUCCUGGAUGCGGCGUUCCUUCUUGUCACAGGCAACGAGAUGACCAUAUGGAGACAUAUUCUCUCAGGGUCAAUCACCGAUCAAACACUCAUACCUACCACGGAGCCACCCAUGUGUCCAGGAAUUUCCAGCCAGGGGCCUAUAUGGGCCAGAUGGGUCAGGGCACCACGCACCAAGAAUGCCCGUCGAGAUAAGGACUUUCUGUAUUUGGCCAGAGAGGAUGGGAGGGUGUACCUCUUCACAAUCAGUAUAUCAGGAAGCAUUCAGAUCAGCUGUGCCGGUGAUUUCCGAUGUCAUGUGGGUUCGGCAUUUGCUUCGCUCGGCGAUGAAGGCGAUCCGGAGCUUCUCGCUGUGGCGGGUGAGACUAGUGGUGGGAAGGUUGUACGCAUGGGACUCUGGCCAUCUGACCGCCUUCUCCCAGAACUGAGUCGAGAGCAGUCAAUGCAGAUGGAGGAGGUCGAGAUCCUACCCAACUGGGCAUCUGUGACGGACAUGAUUUCCGCGAAGUCGAUACAAACCAGCCGAGGCCCAAACAAAGACGAUGAGACCGUCCUCGUUACAUCUGGCCGGCAGCCCUACGGCACCAUUACCGAGCUUCGACGUGGAAUCGCUGCGCGAAUAGCUGCUACCAUCUCGAUAUCUGACUUGCGUACAGUCACUGAUAUUUGGUUGGUUCCAGAUUUGGAGGGGUCCAUAGCCCUUGUCAUGUCCAGCMCUUCAUCGACCAGGGUCAUGAGGAUCAAAUAUGAUGCCAGUGCCUGCGAAUAUUGCGAUGAAACAAUGGCGUUCGACACGACCAGAAGGUCGCUCGCUGUGGGCUUUGCAAAUGGGCAGCUUGUUCAAGUAACGAGUGAAGGCAUCUGCAGAACGAGUACACCAAGCCGCAAUUUCGAAGAUACUGCGGACGAGACGUUUGGCUCGGGUAUAAGUGCGGUUGUAGCGACGAUUCUGACAGAGGCAUCGAUGAUUUUGACCGUGGAGAGGAGAGGAGACGAACACCGCAUCAUCAGUCGAUCAAUCCCUUCCCCAGACUCUACAGAUGGCAGUCAGCGCAGAAUGAUGGCUCAUUUCGAGGGCAGCGCUACUUGUAUCGCAGCAUUGCCUAUCGCGGAUGGACUCUUGGUCGUUGUGUCCGACACAAGUGGUUCCAUCACUGCGAUGCUCUUCCACAACAGUAGGUCAUCCCCUGUGAUCUACAGUUUGUCACUAUGCUCGAUAACAGACCGAUCUGCCGUGUGCGAUUACUUGGUCAUCCUUCGAGAUGUUGUUUGCAAUGACGACGUCGAUAAUCUCCUGCUGGUAUGCGGUCUCAGGGACGGCAAGAUUGUCAGUUUCGCUGUGGAUCAACACUCGCAAACGCUCUUGGCUGAUCACAAGRUUUUCGACCUGGGGUACAGCACUGUCAAAUUGACGAAGCUACCAGCGAAUCCCGCAACAGCCUGUGCAAUGACUGGUGUCAGCACAUACCUUUUGUACUGGGAUGGAAAAUCGUCAUUAUCGGUCGAUAAUGUCUGGCUGGCCGACAUGAAUGACCCCGACUUUGCACAGACAUCGAUCGUUACAUGCGCCCAGUGUCCUUCAGCCAUCUACCUCCAGUCUGACGACCUAGCUGACUCUCUCAUGUUCGUCUCCGGAGACACUGCGAUUGUGGCCAGCUUGGACAGUACAGCAUCAUCAGUAGCUCGACAAACUCCAGUAAGCGGCACGCCCAGUCGUUUGAUCUUCGCCGAGACACUUCGAUGUGUCGUUUGUUCUUCUGUGCGCGCAGAAGUGCGGUCGUUUCCAUCAUCCAGGGCACAUGGUCCGCCCGAAGAGAGACGGCAGAUUUGGCCAACAUUGGACUUUAUUCCGGGAAAAGCCGGCAUUCCAUCAUUUACGCACGCUAUGGACCCUGGUGAGCGUGUCUACGCCCUGCUGGAGCUUUCCAUUUCCCGAAACAGUGAUAGGAAACACACAUGGAUUCUCGUCGGAGGCGAUUAUGUCCGUACCAAUGGCUCUCGACGAGGUCGAAUCACAUUCCUGCAGCCAGUCAGCAGAAAUUGGGAAGUCACAAGUAUCAACGAGCGGAAGCAUACGACAAAUUUCGACAGCACAGUCUACAGCAUGGCACUAUAUGACUCCACCACAUAUGUUGCUUGCUCCGGUGAGAAGAUAUAUCUAUAUCGGCUUCACGUCUCUGAGAUGAAAUGGGAUCAACUGUGUGUGCCGUUCAAACUGGCCAGUCGCGGCGUUCAGGUUACCGUAGAGACGGAUCACCGCGAUCGAAAAGUCAUCGUCGUAUCCACUCAGCGAGAUUCGCUUGUAACAUUGAGUGUGGAGCCAAUCGAUGGAGGUCAACGCCUAGUUGCCGUUAGUAUGGCUCCUCGCGGCCAUGACUCGCUCAGCCAUCUCGUGAUUCCACGGCCGGAUGCUGCCCAACUGUCUCUUCUGUCAACUCGAGAUCGCCAUCUCGUCGGUAUGGUAGCGCCGGUGUUACCUGGGCAUAGCGGUAUGCAGUACUCGUCUGCUGAGAUUGUCUUCGACGCAGAACUUCCGAGGUCCUUGACACGGCUCACCUGUUCGAACCUGGCCGCGCGCAAAGGGCUGCCGCCAAAAGGCGUGAGCUACAGAUUCACGGCAUGUGCCACAGAUGGCACCUUAUAUGGUAUCCUGAUAAUCGAGGAGGAUCUCCACAAACGUCUGUUCUGGUUACAGCGGUUGAUCGAAUGGAGCGAGGAGCUGUCGCCUCACUCAUGGAUCGAGCCGCGCUACAGUACAGAUGGCUCGGGAGGUUUUUAUCACACUCAGCGAGAGGUGUCUGUUGGAUUUGCAGGUGUUGCGACAAAGUUGCUCCACACGAGUACCGAGAGGGAAAACGACAUGCACAUUGAUGCGGACGUUCUAWAGCGAGGUCUGGGGGCGAAUGGCGAACAGGCGAUCAGAAGGGUUCUCCGAGAGUAUGCUCACGAAAAUGAUGCACUGGGCGCUUGGCUUAGAGUGCACAUGGAGGAAGAGGUUGCUGCCAUAAGGGGUACCCUGGCAAUUGUAAAAAAGCUGGAUGACUGGGCAUAG